CCUUCCGCUCUCACUCUCCCUUCCCUCUCUCUCUCUCUCCCUUCCCUCUCUCUCUCUCUCUCUCUCUCUCUCUCUCUCUGUCUGCAAAAAUCAAUCCGUUAAACGCUAAUAUAAUUAAAAAAAAAAAUUGCGAGCUCUCUCUUCCAAUACAGAGGUCUCUGUUUCCCCAAUCGCCGGUUCCAUCUGUCACUCCCCAGCAGAGGCGUUACAGUGUAAGGGAAGCCCUAUCUCUCUCCGUCGCCUCUUCAAAUUCUGAGUCUUUCGUUGAUUCCUAUGCUGUCUGGAGGAUUUGUGUGAAUUGUUGAGAGUUCUUCGAGUGGAAUACAGUGAGGGAACUCACUCAAUCGAGCAGCAUUCGUUGUGCCCAUUAGGGUUCUUGGUGCUUGAAGGUUGAGCUUGAGGUUGUGGUUUUUGAUGGGAUGAUUUGCUGUGCGAGGGGGGAAUUUCUUGGUGGGGUUUGCGUUUUGGCUCUGUGAUUGUUGAGGUGUGGAAGGUGAUGCUUUUCGUGAUUGAUUGCCGUGUGUUGACUUGGGCAUUGAAGCUGGGCUAGGUUGGGGCUAGGUUUUGUUGUCUGGUUUUGUGGAAUUCUAGGGUUGAAAAGAUGGAAGGGGAGGAGGAGAAGAGUGGUGCGGUGAAGAAGAGGGACAAGACAGUCGAGAUUGGUUUCGAUUCAGACGAUGAUGAGCCGAUUGGGACCUUGCUGAAGCUGAAAAAGCCACGGAAGGCUAAGAAGGCGAGGCUAGGGUUGGAAGCGGACAGCGACAAGGGUAAUAAAGUUGAGGCCACUAAAGAAAAAUCGGUGGCUGUGGAUGAUGAUGAUUCGGGUGGAAUGGAUGAUACGUUGGCAUGCUUCAGGAGGAAGCUGAAGGGUCCUAAGAAAGAUGGUGGGUUGAAAGUUUCAAGGGAGAGGAGUGUUUCUUCGGCAGAAGUAGAUCAAUCGAAGCAAUCUUCAAGUUUGAAGGAUGCAUCUGUUGAUGAGACAUCUGCUGAGAAUGUUGUGGAAAUGGGCCACAAUGCGGUCGAUCAUGGCUCUGAUAAAAAAGCAGACAAAAAGAAGCAGGGAAAGGCAAGCAAAUGUAAGUUAGAGAAGGUAAAGAAGUUAUCUUAUGACCUAUCUGAAUCUCGUGAUAAUUCGGUGCAUUUGGAGUCCCAGGAAGUUGCUAGAAGUGGUUCUAAGGAUUCAGCUGAUGAACCUGUGGAAGACUCACUGUCAUCAUUUUUCAAGAAGGCACAAGCUGGUGGAGUUAGUAAAUUCCAAAAAGCUCUGGGUUCGAAAUCGAAGAAGGGAAAGAUAAUAAAGAAAGCCAGUUCGAAUGGUGGCUCUUCCCAAGGUGAUGAAGAACGUUCUCACUCUGCCACUUUCAGAAAGAUGUCAGGUUGCUCUUUUUCUGUGAAAGUGGCUAGCCAGAACCAUGCCAAAGAGAGUCCUAAUAGACGCUCUGUUUCAGCUCCAAAGGAAUGCUUUCAAGUGGAAAAUAGAAGCUCCGAUGACAAUACAUGCUGUGCUCCCAGCUUCAUUGAAGAGACGCAUAACGUGGCUAAGGGUCUGGUUUCUGCCCAGGAGGUUAACCCCCCGGAACCUUUUGACGCUGAAAAGCCUUGCUCUGGAGAUGUUGAACUUAUGAGCACCCAAGGCAAUGAGAUCAGUCUAGCUGCAGAGGUUAUGGUGGAAGCUGAAUCGGGCAAGACUGAAACUAAUAGAGUGUCUACUGAUGCGGUUUCUGAAGAUAAAGCUGAUGUGUCCAUGUCAAGGUUGGGAGAUGAAGUUCAGGACUGUUGCUUCGAUAAUAAGUUAUUGGAUAACUCAUGCACAGAUGCAGCAGAAGAUGUAUGCAGAUCAUGCAACGGAAGGAACUCAGAAGUUCCAGUGAAGACUGUUGAAGAUGUUCUUGUGACAGGCGGGCUUCAGAACGACACAUGGAGAAGGUCUACAACUCCUGUUGAUGAUGACAUUACAAUGGAUGAGAUUCUGGACGAGAAUGAAAAUUCAUUGCCUGAAUCUGGUAGCAAAGAAAACAGACUAUCUGUAGCACAGCGUCGCAAAGCUAAGAAGUACAGACAAGAAGACAUGGCUUAUGAGGGAGAUGCUGAAUGGGACACUCUGAUAAGUGAGCAUGGUUUUCUUGAAAGUUACCAGCUUAUGGACAGUGACCGUCCUCAUAGAAGCAGAGGAAAAGUCGAUUCCUCAGUGAAUGGCAGUGCUGCAGCUGUAUCAGUGGGACUAAAAGCUCGUGCUGCUGGUCCAGUGGAGAAGAUCAAAUUCAAGGAGGUCUUCAAACGCAAAGGUGGGCUGCAGGAGUAUCUGGAGUGCAGAAACUGGAUCUUGAGUCUCUGGAGCAAAGAUAUGAGCCGUAUACUAUCUCUUGCCGACUGUAGUGUUUCAGAUAUUCCCUUGGAGGAUGAAUCACCCCGUUCUUCUUUGCUUAGAGAGAUCUAUGCAUUUCUAGAUCAAAAUGGUUAUAUAAAUGUUGGGGUCGCAUGUGCGAAGCAGAAUGCUGAGCUGGUUGGACCUCAAGAUGGAGAACAGAUCGAAAAGCCUGGCGGGAUGCUCUUUGUUGAUUCAGAACUAGGAAUCGGUUCUAAUAUUAAUAAUGGCAUGACUUCUGACGCUGCUCUAAUUGACGAAAAUCAUAAAUCGGAGAUUACUGAGUGUUUGCCAAGGAAACUAGAAUCACCCAAUGCCACAAAUGGCAAAAAUUACCAGGGCAGUGACAAGUUGGAUAUUGAUUCGACUGAUACAAAAUUACCCAGUAGAUCAGUUAAAAUGGAUGAUUUUGCUGAUUAUCCAACUCCCAUGCUCGUGGAGUCUAGAGAGGAUAUGGCUGUAACUACUGAAGUAAAAGGUGAUUCUCACUUAACUGUUAGCACCUUAUGCAUUCCUGCAGAAGGUGAGUCUGAUGAAAAACAUGGUCAUGACUUUGGAAAAAGGAUUAUAGUCAUAGGAGCUGGUCCUGCUGGGUUAACAGCUGCCAGGCACUUGAAGCGACAGGGUUUUUCUGUUACGGUGCUUGAGGCUAGAAGCAGAAUAGGAGGUCGUGUCUAUACCGACCGAUCAUCUCUUUCAGUCCCUGUUGAUCUUGGUGCCAGCAUUAUUACAGGCGUUGAAGCUGAUGUGGCCUCUGAAAGAAGACCAGAUCCUUCAUCAUUGGUUUGUACUCAAUUGGGCAUUGAGUUGACCGUUUUGAAUAGUGAUUGUCCCCUAUAUGAUAUUGUGACGGGUCAAAAAGUUCCUUCAGAUCUCGAUGAAGCUCUUGAAGCAGAGUAUAAUGGCCUUCUUGAUGACAUGGUUCUGGUUGUUGCACAGAAUGGUGAAAGGGCUAUGAAAAUGUCUCUUGAGGAUGGUUUAGAGUAUGCCCUCAAGAGACGUCGGAUGGCUCGGAUUGGAACUGAUACUGGAGAAGCUGAGCUAAGGGAUUCUUUGCCUGCACCGGAUAAUUCAAAAACUAGCAUUGACAAUGGAGUUACUGAGAACAGUUGUGUCAUAGAGGAAGAUAUCCUGAGUCCUCUGGAGAGAAGGGUCAUGAACUGGCAUUUCGCGCACCUUGAGUAUGGGUGCGCUGCUUUGCUUAAAGAAGUAUCUCUUCCUUACUGGAAUCAAGAUGAUGUUUUUGGAGGAUUUGGAGGAGCCCAUUGUAUGAUCAAAGGAGGUUUUAGUGCAGUUGUUGAGUCUCUUGGAAAAGGACUCGAUAUACUUUUAGACCAUGUCGUGACUGAAAUCUCAUACAGUUCCAAGGACUCUGAAGCAACUGAUGACCAUUUAAGCCAGGUCAAAGUCUGCACAUCCAAUGGGCGUGAGUUUUUAGGGGAUGCAGUUCUCAUUACUGUACCCCUGGGGUGCUUGAAAGCAGAAAGCAUCAAGUUUCUUCCGCCUUUACCUCAUUGGAAGCAAUCUUCCAUUAAACGACUUGGCUUCGGUGUCCUCAACAAAAUAGUUCUAGAAUUCCCGGAAGUUUUUUGGGAUGAUUCUGUAGAUUAUUUUGGAGCGACUGCUGAAGAGACUGAUCACAGGGGUCAGUGCUUCAUGUUCUGGAACAUCAAGAAAACUGUUGGGGCACCUGUACUUAUAGCCUUACUUGUUGGUAAGGCAGCUAAAGAUGGAGAACACAUGAGCCCGCAGGAUCAUGCAGAUCAUGCGGUAAUGGUUCUUCGUAAACUUUUUGGGGAGGCAUCAGUCCCUAAUCCAGUUGGGUCUGUGGUGACAGAUUGGGGAAGGGAUCCUUUCAGCUAUGGAGCUUACUCAUAUGUCGCCAUUGGAGCUUCUGGAGAGGAUUAUGAUAUCAUAGGCAAGCCUGUUGAGAACUGCAUAUUUUUCGCUGGAGAAGCGACCUGCAAGGAGCACCCAGACACAGUUGGGGGAGCAAUGAUGAGCGGGUUGAGGGAAGCAGUGAGAAUAAUGGACAUAUUGAGUACUGGAAAUGAUUACAGAACCGAAGUUGAGGCACUGGAGGCUGCACAGAGGCAGUCUGAUGGGGAAAGGGAUGAAGUUAGAGACAUCAUGAAGAGGCUUGAUGCGGUGGAGCUCUCUAAUUACCUGUACAAGAACUCCUUGGAAGGGGAGCAGAUUCUGUCCAAGGAAGCCUUGCUGCGGGAGCUGUUUUUCAGUGCAAAAGCCACUUCAGGGAGGCUACGUGUGGCCAAAGCACUUCUUAAUCUUCCUGUUGAGGCCUUGAAAACUUUUGCUGGAACCAAAGAAGGCCUUAGCACGCUGAACUCGUGGAUCCUGGAUUCUAUGGGGAAGGAUGCCACCCAACUUCUGCGUCACUGUGUUCGUCUCUUGGUCCGUGUUUCUACUGAUCUACGAGCCAUUCGUUUGUCAGGUAUUGGGAAAACUGUGAAGGAGAAAGUCUGUGUACAUACCAGCCGUGAUAUACGUGCCAUAGCAAGUCAACUGGUCAAUGUUUGGCUCGAAGUCUUCCGUAAAGAAAAGGCCUCUAAUGGUAAACUGAAUGUAGUGAGGCAGAAUACUGCCUUGGAUUCCUUGAAGAUUAGGCCCAUUAGAGAGCCGUUUUCUGGAAAGGCAGCUUUACGAGCACAGCAUGGUGGUUCCGAUAAUAAGGGAAACUCCCAUACUUCUGUUUCUUCAGGAAGCCAAGCUGCCUCUAGCGGCAAUAAGAAGGUGAAGGGUAGACCUACAAAGUUGGAAACGAUCAAUGAUUCGAAAUCAGAAAGCGAUUCAUCAAGGUCUCGAGGAUCAGUACGUAGACAUGAUUUGAAGGUGGAGGAGGAUGAGAGCAUUCCCAUGUCCGAGGAAGAAAAGGCUGCCUUUGCUGCUGCAGAAGAAGCCCGUGCUAAAGCAAUUGCAGCUGCUGAGGCCUUUGCAUCAGCAGAAGCAAACUACAGUGCAAUGAUGCACCUUCCUAAAAUACCUUCCUUCCACAAAUUUGCAAGGCGGGAGCAGUACGCUCAGUGGCCUGGUGGUGUCCUGGGAAGGCAAGACUGUCUAUCGGAAAUAGAUUCUCGUAACUGUAGAGUUAGGGACUGGUCUGUGGAUUUCCCUGCUGCUUUUGGCAACCUCGACAUUGCACGGGUGUCCCUGGAUAACCGCUCGCAUCGGAGCCACUCAAACGAGGUUGCAGGUCAGCCGAACUUGGCAGAGAACUCAGGAGAAAGUGUAGCAGUAGAUAGCAGCAUAUUCACGAAAGCUUGGGUAGAUGCUUCAGGAAGUGAGAGUGGAAAAGACUAUCAUGCCAUCGAGAGAUGGCAGUCUCAAGCUGCUGCAGCAGGGUCUGAUUUCUUCAACUCGAAUGAGCACAUGAUGGAUGAGGGUGACUCGAAUAUGAUUUCAAGACCUGCAGCCACUUGGAGGAACGAUGGAAUUGCAAAUGAGAGCUCUGUUUCACCGGGCACGGUGAACAAGGGGCCAAAGGAUAAUCAGCUUAGAGGACCAGACAAAAUCAAACAAGCAGUUGUUGAUUAUGUGGCAUCAUUGCUGAUGCCCCUGUAUAAGGCAAGAAAAAUUGAUCGGGAUGGGUACAAGUCAAUUAUGAAGAAAACUGCUACUAAGGUCAUGGAGCAAGCUGCAGAUGCAGAGAAAGCAAUGGCUGUUUACCAGUUUCUUGACUACAAGCGCAAGAAUAAGAUCCGAGCUUUUGUAGACACAUUGAUUGAGAGGCACAUGGCAGCAAAGGCAGCUGGAAAGCCUUGAAACUACCUUGAGCAAAGUGGAGUUUUAUCCUCUCAAUUCAGCCAUUAUUGAUGAUUGGAGGAUGAAGAGGUGAUUGGAAUCUCCCCUGUUUAGCUGCUCAAUCCCGGGCCCUUUCAGUUCAAUCUUGAUGAGUGCAGGCAAACAUAGCUCAAGUGCAUGGUGUCUGCAGACCGUUUUUGCUGCUGAAUUACUUUCUUUUGCAUCGAAUCGGCUAACUGCUUCUCAUAGCUUUGCUGCUAAUCAAUAAACUAGUGUCAUCAAGGUGGCCUGCGAGCAAUGAGGAUUUCUCCCAGCAAUCACGCAGGCCAAUGAGGAUUUCUCCCAGCAAUCAGUUUGAAAUCAUUGGGAACUCAAGGCUGUACUCCUAAAGGGUGGAAAUUUCAAACCCUAUUUUCUCUAGGGAUGACCUAUAGAUUGGACAGAUACAGACAUUUUCAUUAUGUUUUGACUCUCAAGAAUGUACAGAGUAGGAUGAUUGUAGUGAUCAAGAGCCAUACAGAACAUCUCUAAGAUCUCUUUGCUAGUUCUUUAGGUGCUCUAAUUUUGUUUAGAACAUUAUUUUUCAAACUAAUGGACUCCCUUUCAUCUCCUCUCAAAAUAAAGUGCAUAGCAUCACUAUUUCUUCCCGUAUUGAAUCAAUAUUUCCUGAGGAACCAUGCUAGUGAAUUUGAUCAGCUCGAGCAUCCUGGCCUAAUUGGACGCGAAUAUUGAUGCAAAUUGCUUGUCUUAUACGACUAUUACAGCAAGUUUCAAGAACUAGCAAUUGGCUGGUAAGAUUCCUGCUCUGGUUUCAGUUUGCUCAUCCUAACGUAAGAUCCGCAAUGAAUGUUCCUCCUGAUCUGAGUGAGUCCAUUAAAGAUUAUGUUCCUCUCAUAGUACCGUAUUGCUUCUUUCUAAUCCAUGCUUGGUCAAUGAACAGGUUCGCAGAUGUUGUGUUACCAUGCAAGCUACGAUCUUUGCCCCUUCUCUGGAUGUUAAUGGUUAUGUAAGCCACCUUCUUAUUUUCGGUGUGUUGCUACUGCACUGCAUACUUGGCGUAUUCUGUGUUCCUGAUGUGUAUUGCACUAGUUCUCGUCUUAGUCAUAUCAUCAUGUGCAGGCUGUACUCUUAUUCUAGUUAUAUUUCGACUCCGACGGAAUCAUCCGUGCCAGGAAGAGCCUUUUGUUAUAGACAAUGCUAUGACCCUGUUUUGGUCUCUACGUUUCUCGCCUUUGUCUCACAGGUUACAAGUUUGCUCAGAUUUUUCUUCGAGGUAAUAGAGCAUUCCCCAUUUUGGGUUAUUUCUCAUUUGUUUCCUCAGUCAGGGAAGCUGUUUUGUUCUUGCACUCUUCUCCAGUCCUGAUUCCUGUAUCUCUUGACCAGUCACAAUUUGCUGGAAUAGGGCAUGUUUACAAGGUGAUUCGACUUAACCGAGUCACUUCAAGGAGAAGAUGAGAUCUCAUCAAAUAUGUCAUGUACCGGUAUGUGACAUGACCGAGUUUGUCGCCUAACCAUAUUAUUACGGUCAUGAUAGGACCACUGGUGAAUGGAUAAGAAGUUGUUGCCGUCUUGAGUGUUACUUUCUUUUCAUCUUUCAAAUCUGAAAAUAUCUGUGCCGUGCAAUGUAUUCUUAUCUUUGUAGUGCUAGUAAAUCCUUGUUUUAUUUGCAUCACCUGUGAACUCGUUUUACUCCCAUCCUCAGUACAAUGGUCAUUUUAUCACUCA